AUGGACCCUUUCGAGUACAACGCCAACCCUGGCCGAGUGGUCUUCGGACCAGGGAGCAUCCAGAAACUCCCAGAUGAGAUAAGCCGGCUGGGCUUGAAGUCACCUCUUCUUAUCUCGACACCUCAGCAAGUCAGCCAAGCAGAGGAUCUCGCGAAGAUCCUGGCCGGCGCGUCCAUUGAACCUGCUGGGACAUACACCAAUGCGACCAUGCAUACCCCAUCUCACAUCACCGAAGAAGCCAUGUCCUUCCUCCGCGAGAAUUCUGCAGACUGCGUCGUUUCAAUAGGAGGAGGGUCAACAAUAGGCUUGGGCAAAGCUAUAUCGAUCCGGACGGGUUUACCUCAUAUCUGCAUCCCAACUACGUACGCAGGGAGUGAAAUGACACCCAUCCUCGGAGAGACGCAGGACGGCCGGAAAACGACGCGGUCAGAUGCCAAGAUCCUUCCUGGAACAGUGAUCUACGACGUCAACCUGACCAUGACGCUUCCCGCCUCACUGAGUGCCACAUCCGGCGUCAACGCCAUUGCACACGCCGUCGAGGCUUUGUACGCGAAGAACAAAAAUCCGAUCAUAUCGCUUCUAGCGCUCGAGGGCACCAAGGCCCUAGCUGAAUCCCUACCGGAAAUCAUCGAGAACCCUCAAUCCCUACCCGCCCGAGAGAAAGCCCAGUAUGGCGCCUGGCUGUGCGGCGUCUGCCUCGGUUCCUCCUCGAUGGCCCUGCACCACAAAUUAUGCCACACACUGGGCGGCUCAUUCAAUCUGCCACACGCCGAGACACAUACUAUCGUGCUGCCACAUGCGCUGUCCUACAAUGCCCCCGCGAUCCCCGAUGCGAUAGCAAAGCUUGCCUCCGUCCUGCCCGGCAGUGACGGCGACGCCAUCAAAGGACUCAACGUUCUUCUCGAGAAACUCAAGGUCAAGCGUGCCUUGAAAGACUUUGGCAUGAAGGAAGAGGAUAUCGACAAGGCCGCCGAGAUUGCAGUGAGCAACCAGUACCCCAACCCGAGGAAGGUUGAGAAGGGUCCCAUUCGCGAGUUGAUCCGGAGAGCGUGGGCGGGGGAACCUGCCAGGGCAAAUUUAUAA